CAGUAUUUUUAUUUUAUUUUUUUAUCUAAUCUCUCUCCUCUCUCCCAUGAGCUUCGGCGCAUUCCUCAAACUCUGAGCACAGUUUCUCUCUCUUCACAAUCUACCGUUCUCUCUCUUAAAAAGCCAAAAAAGAAAAGAAACCAACUCAGAAGAAGACAAAAUCUUUCUCGCCAGAUCUUUCAGCUUCUUCUUACAAAGCCGUCACACCACUCCGACAUCACAAUCUCCCUGCCCUAAUCUUCUCUCUCCUCCAUGAGGUGUAAGCGUCACGUCGCCGAUCUCAGCAGCUCCGUCGGCGUCUGCGCCUCCUGCCUCCGUGAGCGCCUCCUCUCCCUUGCCGUCUCCGCCUCUGUCUCCGCCGCCGACGGAGCCUCCGCUGUCGACCACCUCCAUUCCCGGAGACCCGAUCCGCAGCAUCUUGCUUUUCCUCGGUCCGUGUCCCCUUACGUUGCUCCCAGAAAAUCUGACGCCGCCGGCGACCACCCUUUGUCCUCUCACUGCCGGUUCUUCUCCACCCCUCAGGUGGGUCCCGGCCCCUCCUCUUCCUCCGGUGGCGGUGGUUCCGUCGCGGACUCAGAAUCCGACCGAUCGUUCAAGAAGAAAAGGAGCGGUUUCUCUCGGUUGUCUAAUCUGUUCAGGGCCAGAUCUGACGAGUUCGAUUCGGGUUUCAAAUCAUCGGUGUCUGAUCGUAGGUUGCCCUCUCGCCAUUCCUGCGACGCUUCCACGUCAUCCUCGUCUUCGUGGUCCUGGUUCUCGACGGUGAUGUCCGGUCGGAUGAAGAAGCAACCCACCUCGUGCUUCAUCGAGGACGUGAUCGCCGACUGCGAUCGUAGACCUCAGCGGGUGUUUUGCCGGGGAAUGUCGCCGGCGAGAGAUAUAGAGACGGAUGACGAGCGACAGCCGCCGGCGGUGGCGUCCUUGCUGUAUAAAUCAAGCAGACAUCAGUCAAACUUGGGUUUGUCAUGGCAGACAGAAACAAUCAAACUCUUCAUUCGAAAGCCGGGGAGAUUGAUGAGGACGGCGGCAGCGGGAACGCCGGCGAGGAGGAAGACGCGCGUGGGGCUCGGGAAAAGCGUGGCGGGGAUGGCCAUCUGCUUGAGCCCGCUGGUGAGAGCGAGCCCAAGCCGCCAUUGGAGGCGGAAAGGAAGCUUGCCGCCGGAAUUCAGGUUUUCCGGAGAGUCAAAGUCUCCGGCGAAGCCACACAUAUCGACGGCGGCUUCGUUUUGCGCGAACCGGUCGAAGAAGCUCGUGGAUUUGGGGAGAGGUGAUCACCGCCGUUGAGUUGGAGAAUCCGUCGCCGGUUGACCGACCAUGCGAAAUGACGUAAGUACCCCUCGGGCCCAUCCCUGCGUUGCCAUUGAUUACAGAUGGGAAAUCAAAGCGUAAGGAUGGUAAUUAGUAUGAAAUCGGUGGUGCCUAAAACACGCAUAGAUCGAAAAGAAUUAAAUUCGACCACUUUUGAUGUGCAGAAAUAUAUAUUUACAUCCAAUUUUUUUUUUUCAAAAAUAGCAUAAUACAUAAUAGUUUCAUUUUUUUUUGGGUGUACUGUGCAAGUUUACAACUGCUGGUCAUUAUUUUUAUAUAAAAUUUUUGGAUGUACAAAGACAAAAAGAUAGAUUAUACAAGAAGGAAAACUGUAUGAUUUGGUCACCCCAUGUUGUGAAUGUCAGUUAUUUUCGUUGAUGUUUCCAAAACAAAGAUGUCACCAUUUUGGAUGGUUUAUUCCAUGGGACUUUAAAAGUCAAACCCGUGUCAUAAAACAAAAGUAAACAGAGUUGCUCGUUCUUAUGCGUGAUCCAAUAUAUAUAAUAGAUUUUAAAACGCAGAAUCAAGCGUAUGAGCACAUUAAUUCUGUGAAUGGAUCCGUGAAAAUUGCCAUAGCCGGACGGAUCAAGGCUUCUAUAUAGACGGUAACGGUCAGAGAAAAUAGAAAGUGGAGGUAUUGAUGGGGAUUUUUAUUUUUAAAUUUUUUUCUCGUGUGGUGAAACAAUGCCUCCGUGGCACUCUCCCCGCCUCUCAGGCCUACAAUUUUUUUCUUUAGCAAGUUGUUGAAUUAAAUGUUACUUUUCGCCCUUCUACUCUUUGUCUUUUGGUACAUCAAGGAUGGGAAAGAAUUGAAUGAAUACAUAAUUGUAUUAAGAACUCUCUCUCUCUCUUGUUCCUUUUGGGUUUUGGUUUGUAAUUGGGAUGAGGGAGAUAUUAUGAUAUGGGUUUUCCUCGGGGAGAAUUGGCGAGGUACUAUGAAUUUAAUGGCUCAUUUAUGGCCGUCUGAACAAAUGCAUGUGUCUCAACUUACC